GCCGCCCCUCAGGGGCUGGCGUGCCGGGCACUUUCCCCUUUAAGAGGCAGCCGCGAGGAUGCCAGAGGGCGUCGAUGGGCCCUAUAAAGGGGCGGGUGCGCCGAGGGCUGAGUCGGCUUCGUUCUAGUUUUCUCUACCGGCUGAGGCGUUGGAGCUGAGCGCCCGCGGCGGCGCGCGGGGAGAUGGACUUCAACAUGAAGAAGCUGGCCUCGGACGCGGGGGUCUUCUUCAGCCGGGCCGUGCAGUUCACAGAGGAGAAGCUGGGCCAGGCUGAGAAGACUGAACUAGAUGCCCACUUUGAAAACCUUCUGGCCAAGGCAGACUGCACCAAAAACUGGACUGAGAAGAUCUUGCAUCAGACUGAGGUGUUGCUGCAGCCAAACCCUAGUGUCAGAGUGGAAGAAUUCCUUUAUGAGAAACUAGACCGGAAGGUGCCAUCUCGUGUUACCAAUGGGGAGCUGCUGGCCCAGUACAUGGUGGAGGCAGCCAAUGACUUUGGGCCAGGGACUCCAUAUGGGAAGACCCUACUCAAAGUUGGAGAGACCCAAAAGCGCCUGGGGGGAGCCGAACGUGAUUUUAUGCACUCUGCCUCCAUCAACUUCCUGAAUCCUCUGCGCAACUUCCUGGAAGGGGACUGGCGAACUAUCUCUAAAGAGAGGAGGAUCCUGGAGAACCGCCGUCUGGAUCUGGAUGCCUGCAAGGCCAGAUUGAAGAAAGCCAAGGCUGCUGAGGCAAAAGCAUCGGCUGUACCUGACUUUCAGGAGACUAGACCUCGUAAUUACAUUCUCUCCGCCAGCGCAUCAGCGUGCUUCUUGAAGUCUCCAACACUGAUCUCCUUUCCUGUUGCUCUGUGGCCCCACCAGCUCUGGAGCGACGAGGUGGAAAAAGCAGAACAUGAGCUCCGGGUGGCCCAGACUGACUUUGAUCGGCAGGCAGAAGUGACACGCCUCCUGCUGGAGGGGAUCAGCAGCACACAUGUGAAUCACCUUCGCUGUCUCCAUGAGUUUGUAGAAUCUCAGACUACCUACUAUGCUCAGGGCUACCAGUACAUGCUGGACCUGCAGAAGCAGCUGGGCAGCUCCAGAGGAGAAAUGUUUCCAGGUACAUUUGUGGGCAAUGCAGAGUCCACAUCGCCUCCCCCAGCUACCACCUCUCCCCCCACUGUUGCUGCCACCAUUCCUGUUGUGCCCACUGUAGGCAGGGCACCUAACCCUGCCACAGCUGUUGAGGGGGCACUGAACCUGAAUGAUGUCAAGCCUCCAGCCAGCGGGACCCGGAAGGCCAGAGUUCUCUAUGAUUAUGAAGCAGCUGACAGCAGUGAGCUGGCGCUAUUAGCAGAUGAGAUGAUCACAGUGUACAGCCUGCCAGGGAUGGAUCCAGAUUGGCUCAUAGGGGAGAGGGGCAACCAGAAGGGCAAAGUUCCUGUCACCUACUUAGAACUGCUCAGUUAAAUGCUGCCAGGAGGGAGAAUCUACAAGCAAAAUGCAACCCUCCAUGUCCUGGCAUUUUUAAUGCCAAUUCCUUCAUGAGACCAUUGCUCUCUUCAGGGUCAACUCACAACUAACAUGGGAAUUAGGAAGAGAUGACUAGCUGGUCGGAGGGGGAGGAAGGGUCAUUUCACCUUUCAAGGCCCCUGGAGCUAAAUUCAUUUUAACUGUCCACACAGCCUGCUUUGAGGAUUAGUUGUAAGGGUCAUGUGGUGUGUUGGGAUUCCCUCUACUGAUCCCUUUCCCCUGCCCUGCUUGUGUUAACUGUGGUGGCUUUCCAGGAACCAGCCCUGUCUCUUCUUCCUCAAAAGCUGCUUGUGGUGUUUGAGACCAAAACUAUUUUCUUUUUUGCAUUCAGCAUCUUCAUGCCUGUCUUCCCUCCCUCCCUUUGUCUUCUCAGAGGCUCUUUACCAGGGUACUCCUUGCUUGGGCCACAUCAUUGUAUGCAUUCCAAUGGGGCAGAGGCGCUGGGUCUCCUUCAAAAUGCUAACACUGGCAUGCUCUAACAAGAACAGAGGCCAAUUCCAUGAGGCGCUGUAUGGAAUAUUGCUGUAUUUGGAUUGCAUGUCUCUGUAAGAGAACACAAUUCCCCAUCCAAAGCACUCCAUGACCCAGGGAGGAACAAUAAAGCAGGGCUUUAAUGCCAAGCAGGGCUACUAUAAUGGUGUUUGAUGGCUGCUGCCUGGCACAGAAUGACUAGUUAAACUUUCUUCCAGUUUCACUAAUCUAAUGACCCAAGGCCACUACUGCAAGAACUAAACCACCUUUCAGUGCAAGGGAAUGUGCAUCUUGCUUGCAUUUCCUCAAGCAAUUGGGCAUGGACUGAAUUUACAAGCCUUUAAAAAAGCUUUUGCUCCCUAUGUUCAUGCUCACUACUCUUCUUGGGGUUUUUUCCAGGCCUGCUUUGUGGGGGGUGGAGUUUAGCCUGCUAGUCUGUCUUAACAAUGAGAUUAAUUUAAAUGCUCUCUUGUCCCAUCCAGCUGGUAGUGAACAGACCUGGCGCAUCCUACCUCAGCAUGUGGGAUGGGUCCUUACACUUUGUAUAUUCACAAUGAGCCUCUUACUACCUCUUGGCAUAUGAAAUAGUAAUUGGUUCUGCUUUCUCAUCCCUCCUUCCCAUUUUGUUGUCCAGGGUGCCCUUGUAACUUGAACCAUCACAAAUAGCAAGGAGGAAAAUGGAUGAAGUAAUAGACACCUUGGUCUGAAAGCUCUCCCUAUGAGGUGAUGAGCUCAACAGCUAAGGGAUUUAGAUGGCAAAAUAAAAUUGCUUUAGCAGCUCAAACCCUGUGUAGAAGCAUUCAACUGCACCAAGAUCUUUGUUCACUACCCCUCCCCUGGUGUGUCUAGACAGACACUGACUUGCUUGUUUAUCCAUUGAUCUUUUGCACUCUUCCUUGACUGCUUUGUGAUCAUCCUAAUGUAAUAGGGCACAGAGCACCUGUGUAUAUAGGGUUCUUGGUUUUCAGCAUUUAUUUGCCAAUAAACAACCAGUCUGCCCUCCUGUCUCAAUCUUGUGUGGGUUCCAUACUGCUUCACUUUCCAGCUAGCAGUGAACAGUACUGAGUGGGGUAAUGUAACUUAAGAGUUGUGCAGUAUUGUUACUCAGAUGUCACAAGAAGUUUGAGAUUAAAGAUGACUCUGAAUCCUC